UGUCACCUUGUGUGCCUCCCCCCGCCUCCCCCCGCGCCCGCAGCUCCCCGGGCCCGCACAGUCUCUGCAUCAGCCUGGAGCCGGCGCUGCUGCUCAAGGGGGAUGUGCUGGUCACGUGUUACCACCGGCAGCGGGGGGGGCGCGAGCCCGUGUUCCGGGCCCAAUUCCACACGGGAACGCUGCGGGGGGGGCGGCUGCGGCUGCCCCGGGGAGAGCUGGACCUGGCCUGGGAAGACGAGCGCUUCCCCCCCGAGGGCAGCGUCGAGUUCGUUUUCUCCUCGGGCCCCGAGAAGAUCCAAGGCUGGGACCCCCCCGGCGCCCCCCCCGCGCCCGUGGAUUACGGGGUGCUGGACCCGGCCGUGCGCAGGGACUCCUACGAGGGCUUCGACCUGCGGCACCAGGACAGCCUGGAGGAGCUCCCGCUGGACUCCAGCCCCUACCAGGGGGUGCAGCGGCCGCGGCGCCCCUGGAGCCCCGGGGGGGGCCCCCCGAGCCCGGCCCCCCCCAGCCCGGAGCCCCCCAGCCCGGAGCCCUCCCCCGGCCGCCCUCCGCCCCCCACCGCGGCCGAGCGCCAGGAGCUGGAGCGGCUCCUGGGGGGCUUCGGGGUGCGGGGGGGGAGCCCGGGGGAGCGGGAGACCCCGAUCCUGGGGGAUGAGCCCCCCCGCGCCACGUCCCAUGGGACCACAGCGGCCUAUGGGAGCCCAGCACCCUAUAGGAGCCCCACACCCCAUGGGAGCACCGCGUCCUAUGGGGCUACAGCACCCUAUGGAACCGCAGCUUCCCAUGGGAGCCCCGCGCCCUACGGGAGCCCUGCAUCCCGUGGGAGCACAGCACCCUAUGGGAGCACAGCACCCUAUGGGAGCCCUGCAUCCCUCGGGAGUCCCGUAUCCCGUGGGACCCCAACAUCCUAUGGGACCCCAAUGCCCCAGGGAACCCCAACACCCCACGGGAGCCCCACAUCCCACGGGAGCCCCACAUCCCAUGGGAGCCCAGCGUCCCAUGGAACCACAGCACCCUAUGGGACUCCAACAUCCCAUGGGACCCCCAUAUCAUAUGGGACCCCAACAUCCUAUGGGACCCCAGCAGCCUACAGCACCCCAACACCACAGGGGACCCCCACAUCCUAUGGGACCCCCACAACCCCUGGGAGCCCGACACCUUAUGGGACCCUGGCAUCCCCUGGGACCACAGCACCCUAUGGGACCUCAACAUCCUAUGGGUCCCCAAUGCCCCAAGGAACCCCAACACUGUAUGGGACCACAGCACCCUAUGGGACCCUGACACCCCACGGGACCCCAACAUCCUAUGGAAGCCCCACAUCCCAUGGGAGCCCCACAUCCCAUGGGAGCCUGGCAUCCCAUGGAACCACAGCACCCUAUGGGACCCCAACAUCCCAUGGGACCCCCACCUCCUAUGGGUCCCCGGUGCCCCAGGGAACCCCAACAUCCCAGGGUGCCAUGACAUUGUAUGGGACCACAGCAUCCUAUGGCACUCUGACACCCCAUGGGAGCCCCACAUCCCGUGGGAGCCCCACAUCCCCUGGGAUCACAGCAUCCUGUGGGAGCACAGCACCCUAUGGGACCCCAGCAUCCCAGGGGACCCCAAUAUCCCCUGGGAGCACAGCACCCUAUGGGAGCGCGGCCCCCCCCGUCCCCGCCCUGUGCCGCAGGGCCAGCCUGGCCCCCCCCUGCUCGUGCCGCUGCCCCCCCAGCCCCGAGGCGCCCCGCGAUGGGGGGGGGCUCCCCGCGGGGGGAGGGGGCAGGCGGGGAGUGCAGCGCUCGCUCUCCGAGGGGCCCCCCCCCUGCAGCCCCGGGCGCGCGGCGGGGGGGGGCUGGGGGCGCGACGGGCCCCCCCUGGUCUAUGGGCUGGGGGGGGGCGCAGCCUGGGGGGGCCCCCCCCGCCCCCCAGCCCCCCCCGCCGAGGAGCCCCCCCCUUGCCCCCACUGCGGCCGCCCCGGUGUGGGGCUGAGCUGGAGCCCGCCCCCCCGAGCCCCCCCCGGCAAAGGGGGGUACGAACCCCCCGGGCUGGAGACCCCCCAGCAGGAACCCGCUGAGCGCAGGAGCGCGGGGGAGGGGGGUCCGUGGCGCGCCCCCCCCGAGCUCCCCCACCCCCGCCUUCCCCCCCCCUGCCCUGUACCACGCGCCCCCCCCCCGCGCCGGGGGGGCCCCGCGCGUCGCCCCCCCCGCAGCUCGCGCCAGAGGGGCCCCCGGGGGGGGGGCGGGGACCCCCCCGGAGCCGGGGUCCCCCCCGCGGGCGGCUCCUUCGUGCAGGACACGAGCAAGUUCUGGUUCAAACCCGGCCUGUCCCGGGAGCGAGCCGUGGCGCUGCUCCAGCGCGAGGCUCCCGGCUCGUUCCUCAUCCGCCAGAGCAGCAGCUUCCGGGGGGCCUUCGGGCUCGCGCUGCGGGUGGGGGCGCCCCCCCCGCGCUGCCCCCCCGGCAGGGGGGACCCCCAGGAGCAGCUCGUCCGACACUUCCUCAUCGAGACGGGGCCGCGGGGGGUCAAGAUCAAGGGGUGCCCCGAGGAGCCCCACUUCGGGAGCCUGCCCGCGCUGGUGCUGCAGCAUUCCAUCACCCCCAUCUCCCUGCCCUGUGCCCUGCGCAUCCCCACCAAAGACCCGCUGGAGGACUCCCCCGAGGGGCCGGUGCCCCCCAACAUGAGCACGGCCGCGGAGCUGCUGCGCCAGGGGGCAGCGUGCCGCGUGCUGUACGUGGGCUCCGCCGGCACCGAGUCCCUGACGGGGCCGCCCGCGGUGGCCAAGGCCGCGGGUUCGAUCCUGGCGGACCCCGCGCGGGCCCCCCCCGGGCCCGUCCACUUCAAGGUGUCAGCGCAGGGGAUCACGCUCACAGACACGGAGCGCAGGCUCUUCUUCCGCCGGCACUACCCCACCAGCAGCAUCACCCACUGCAGCACCGACCCGCAGGACCGCAGGUGGGUGAAUCCGGAUGGAACCACCUCCAAGAUCUUUGGCUUCGUGGCUCGGCAAUGGGGGGCCCCGGGGGGCGCCAAUUCCUGCCACCUCUUUGCUGAGCUGGACCCGGAGCAACCGGCCGGAGCCAUCGUCACCUUCAUCACCAAGGUGCUGCUGGGCACCCGCCGCUCAUGAGGCCCCCCCAAAGCCCCCCCGGACUCCCCUGUACCCCCCGCGCCCCCCCAAACCCCCCUGCACCCCCUCCAUGCCCCCCCACACCACAGGGAGCUGUGGGACCCCCCCCGCGCUGUGUGGGGCAGCAGCCGGGGGGGGUGAUCCCAAACCAUGAGUGAUGUUGGGGGGGCCCCCAAAUUUUGGGGGGGGGCUCCCCAAUAAAGCCAAGUGUGUAUUUGUCUAACAA